AUGAAGCAAAAUAACUCCUAUUGCUAUGUGAUCGAUGAGGCUGAUUUCACUAACAUGGCUAAUGUCAACGUGUUUGAAUGGGUUGUUCAAGGUGAUGUUUCAGCUCUGGAUUACCUGAGCAAGAAGAGUCCGACUCACCUGAGCUCUAAGGAUGAAAAUGGAGCCCGACCAAUCCACUACGCUGCUGCUAGUGGACAUUUGGACAUUAUUCAGCUCAUUGUGUCCGUGACAGGACUUGAGGAGUUAGAUGUUCAGGAUGCGGAAGGCCAAACUCCUCUACAUUUUGCUGUAGAGAAAAACCAGGACUCAAGCUGCUCAUUGUUGCUAGAUUUGGGUGCCAAUCCAAACAUUGUAAACAGAGCCAUGAUGGCACCAAUUCACUUGGCCAUCAGCAAAGAACACAAUCACCUGGUACAGGUUCUCCUGUUCUGCAGUCGGACAGAUGUGAAUCUGGAGGGAGAUUUGGGAAACACACCUGUGAUGUUUGCAUGCUCUAACAAUAACUGCAAAGCUCUUCAAACGCUUUUUAAAUAUGGAGCAAAGCUGUGUCAUCAGAACAAGCUGGGGCAUUAUGCGAUACACACAGUGGCAUUUUCUGGAGCGAAAGAAGCAAUGGAGGUGAUACUGAAUAAAGGAGAAGAGUUGGGUAUUCUGGCCCUCACACACAUUAAUUAUUUGGAUAAAUCCAAGAGCAGCCCACUUCAUUUAGCUGUACGAGGCGGAAAUACAGAAGUGAUCAAACUUUGCAUUGCUAAAGGUGCAAAAGUGGACCAACAGCAGUGUGACAAAUCCACGGCGCUGCACUUCGCCUGCACACAGGGAGCGAUGGAAGCUGUACAAGCGAUGCUGCUUCCUUAUGAGAUGAGAAUGGAUGAAAUCAUUAACAUUAGAGACGCAGCCAAUCAGACGCCGUUACACAGAGCCGCGUUGUUCAAUCAUGUGGACCUGGCUACAUAUCUCGUCUCAAAGGGAGCGGACAUCAAUUGCGUCGACUGUAAGGGCUUUACCCCUUUACUCCUGGCUACAACAAGCAGCGCAUGGAAAACAGUUUCAUUCUUACUGUCUAAAGGUGCAGAUUUUAGGAUUAAAGGCAAAACUGGAUGGAACUUCCUCCAUUUUGUGAUCUUCCAACCGAAAGGACUGAAAAAUCUUCCUGAACACAUUCUACAGAAUAAAGACGUGUGGGAGCUGAUGAGCGAGGAGGACUCUGAAGGCUGCACUCCUCUACAUUACGCCUGCAAACUCGGCAUCCACGAUUCUGUUAAAAACAUGCUGGGGUUUGAAAUCUCCCUGGGCCACAAGUCAAAGGAGAAAAAAUCAGCACUUCAUUUUGCUGCAGAAUACGGCCGAAUAAACACAUGUCGCAGGCUUUUAGAAACGAUCAAAGACUCACGUUUGUUAAAUGAGGGCGAUGAGAAUGGACGGACGCCACUGCAUCUGGCUUCUAUGGGGGGCCACGUGAAGGUGGUGGAUCUGCUGCUCAGGACAGGAGCGCUGUUCCAGAGCGAUUAUAAAGGCCGGUCAUGUUUACAUUACGCUGCGGCUGAAGGAUACACACAGACGAUGACUGUCCUGCUGGCAGCAAACAUCAAACUGCUGGAUAACAGAGAUGAAGAUGGGAACACGGCUCUGCACCUAGCCGGACGUGAAGGUCACGUCGCAGCUGUAAAGCUCUUACUGAAGCAAGGAGCUGAAAUCCUGCUCAAUAAUAAUCACGUCUCAUUCUUCCACGAAGCUGUGCGCAAUGGGAAAAAAGACGUUGCUAAUGCUGUUAUUGAGAAUGAGAGGUCAGCAGAGAUUAUACGUCAGUUUAACAUGGGCUACUCUCGCUGCGCUGUGAUGGAUUUAAUUGAGUUCCUACCUGAAUCGACAAAGCAUCUUCUGGAUCAGUGUAUGUCUGAAUCAGACCAUGACCCAAACAGCGCUGACUACCAUAUCACAUACAGUUUCCAGUGGCUUCAGGCUCCAGUAAAUGUGCAGAAAUUUUCAAAAAUGGACAAAAAUCUGUAUAUUCAGCCUCUGGCAUCUCUAAACGCAAUGGUUCAGUACAACCGGAUCGAGCUCCUCACACACCCUGUGUGUCAGAAAUACUUAGAGAUGAAAUGGAAAGCGUAUGGGAGUAAGGUUCAUUUACUCAAUCUGGCCGUGUAUCUGUUGGGCCUUUUGCCCCUCACAUAUCUUGUCAUCAACUUGAAACCUCCACAAAUCAGCACAACAAACAACACGACCAUCACCAUGGAGCCCAUAUCCUUCCGCAAUCAAAGCUAUUUAAUUUCAGCCUUCAUGCUGAUGGUCCUCAUCAUGAACAUUUACGCCAUUUGCAAGGAGUUGAUCCAAUUAGCACAACAGCAAAUGAAUUACUUUUUGGACACCUCAAACCUAUUAGACUGGGCAGCAGCCAUUUUCUCUCUUGCUUUCGUUACCCCAAUGAUCUUUGGUGUGGAAGGGAACUUUCAUUGGCAGGCUGGAGCUUUGGCAAUUUUAUAUGCCUGGAUCAACUUUCUUCUUUACUUCCAGAGGUUUGAGCACUUUGGUAUUUAUGUUGUAAUGCUUGGAGAAAUUGCAAGGACAUUCAUGUCUGUCCUCAAACUUUUCAUCUUCCUGUUGCUGGCAUUUGGAUUGUCCUUCCAUGCACUGAUGCUUCAUCGAGCUGAAUUCAACUCUGUUGGUCUGUCGUUGGCACAGACGUUUGUAAUGAUGGUUGGAGAGCUGAAUUAUGAGAAUUCAUUUCUAGACUCAUACAAUCAGGGACGUCUGGCUUUUCCUUUAAUCACCUACUUCGUUUUUGUGGUCUUCAUCCUCUUCAUGCCAAUCCUUCUCAUGAACUUGAUGAUUGGUUUGGCGGUUGGGGACAUCGCUGAGGUUCAAAGGAACGCCGCGUUGAAGAGGAUUGCCAUGCAGAUUAAUCUUCAUACUAAUCUGGAAGAGAAACUGCCAUAUUGGUUGAUGAAGAGAGUGGACAAGCAUAGUAUUACUGUCUAUCCAAACAAGAAGUGUGCCAAGUUUCGGGGAAGAAUGGAGCAGUUCUUUGGGAUCACUCCUACGAUAGGUGAAGUGCGCACUCGUUUAAACACACAGAUGACACACUCAAGUCCAUUGGAGACAGAACUGAUGAAGCAGAAAUGCAAGCUGAAGCAGAUUUCUUCAGACUUGGAGAAACAAAACAUGUUGUUGAAACUCAUCAUACAGAAAAUGGAAAUCACGACGGAGGCAGAUGAGCACGAUGGACCUGACAAUUUCCAGUCCAUGACUACUGCAAAAUUAAACAAAUCCCAAUGGGUUCCUCUGAUGCAAGCUCUGGGGGUCAGGAAGCGUGGGAUCUGUAGUUUUAAAAGGGACUGUGUGUACCUACAGUAUGUAAAUGGUGAUUAA